AUGUCGUUUGCAUUCGGCUUCGCUGGCGACGACAUAGAAGCUGACGACCAUGACAUGCUCGAUGCCGAGCCUGAGGGCGAAGCCUCAGCCAAGGCUGCGCAAGACCUCGUCUUGCCCAAAAUGCACACCCUAGCAGAUCUGCUGUCCAAUCUGCCAUCCCAAAUUUCAUACAACACCCUCUCAAUACCGCCCCACCCUAGCAACACCAUCGCACGUCGCUCGCUCUUCGACAUCCGCCAGCAAUUGAUGGCCGAGUCAUCAAGUGCCAACUCCAACGACGCCCUGAUUGCCAAUCUAUCCUCUGGCGACCUCAGCUCCGGGACCUACGAAGGCGGAUUCAAAACCUGGGAAUGUGCGCUAGACCUGGCAUCACUCCUUUCUGACCCCAGCUUCGCAGGUCCCACAACUCCCGGUGACAAGGACAACACACCACUGCACGUAAUCGAGCUAGGCGCUGGCUCUGCCAUUCCCAGCUUAGCCGUGCUACGGCAGUGCCUGUCCGCCGAUACACAUACUUCACCACUCAACCUCACGCUCUGCGACUACAACGAAGACGUUCUGAAGCUAUGCACUGCGCCAAACGUUUUCCUCAACUGCCAUCUCAUUCAACAGCAACAAUCCAUUCCAGAGACGAACGCACCAGAGCGUGACCACGACCUCGACCUCGAGCCCCUCACCACCUCCAUCCCCUGCCUAGCCGAGACGCUCAAGACCGCCAACGACAUCGACGUCGCCUUCGUCAGCGGCGCCUGGGGCCCCUCCUUCUUCUCACUGCUCAAAUCCAGCUUGGCGCCGACAUCCACAACGGACCAGCAACCUCCACCGACCAGGAUCUUGAUCCUGGCCUCCGAAACCAUCUACUCGCCCGCGACGCUGCCGGACUUUGUGGGCACCACCAUCUCGCUGCUCAGUCUGGGCGCGGAGGGCAGCCGGGCGCUGGUGGCGGCGAAAAAGGUGUAUUUUGGCGUUGGGGGUGGAGUGGCGGAGUUUGAGAGGGAGGUGGCGGAGAGAGGAGCUGGGGUGCGGACGGUGUGGCAUUCGGGGGAUGAGGGUGGGGUGGGGAGGGUGGUUUUGGAGGUUUCGUUGCAGCGGUGA